GUGGUACAGCAUCAGUCAACAUGUCAUCCAUGAGUCAAAAUCAAGAGGGCUAUGAGAGCCGAAUCGAAUGCGACUGGAAUACAUUUUCCUUUGAAAAGGAGCUCAGCCUUAGAAAAGAAUCUGCUCUUGAACAUCUCAAUAACUGUAGAUCACUAUCGGAAGAAAUAUGCAUGGAUAAAAGUAGUGAGGUCCAAGGAAAAUCAAGAAACCAACUGGAAGUUCUAGAAACUGGAUUUAGGAAUUCCCGACAAAAUUAUGAAAAAAUCUCAUCAGAUUUCAAUACUAUGAAGAGUGAUUUAAAACAAAUAAAAGAUAGUAAUGAGAUGUUGAAUUCGAAAAUUCUGUCUCUUAGGAAGGUUAUCGAAGAUUUACAAGAAGAGGAAUCUUCAGCUUCAUUAGAUUACAAGCAUGACAAAGAUGCUUAUCGAAAGGCGCUCAAUUUUUACAGUAAACAUACUGACCUAAAUGUAGAUCUCAAAGAGAGAUCAAACGAAUCAGUAAAGGGUGUGAUGAAAUUUGCCUCGGUGAAACAACAGUCUCCCAUUUUUGUUACUGUGGAUAAGCUCCAAAGGAAAAUAAUAGACUUCAGUUGUUCAGAACUCACAACAGGAUAUUUGAACGGGGAAUCCACCAUAUGUUUAGCUAACACGCCAGGACUGAUUUGCAGUUUGAGAGAACAAUUCAUCAAUACUGAUAAAACAUCAGAUCGAAAUUAG